AUGCAGUUUGUCAGAGAUCAGCUGUAAACAUCUGGUCUCUGCGCUGAAGUCCAACCCGUCCCAUCUGACAGAACUGAACCUGAGCUACAACAAAGACCUGAAAGAUGGUGGAGUGAAGGAGCUCUGUGGUUUCCUCCAGACUCCCCUCUGCAAACUACAGACACUGAGAUUGGACAGCUGCAGUUUGUCAGAGAUCAGCUGUAAACAUCUGGUCUCUGCGCUGAAGUCCAACCCGUCCCAUCUGACAGAACUGAACCUGAGCUCCAACGACCUGAAAGAUGGUGGAGUGAAGGAGCUCUGUGGUUUCCUCCAGACUCCCCUCUGCAAACUACAGACACUGAGAUUGUGGAGAUGCAGUUUGUCAAAGAUCAGCUGUGAUCAUCUGGUAACGGCGUUGAAGUCCAACCCGUCCCAUCUGACAGAACUGGACCUGAGUCACAACAACCUGAAGGAGUCAGAUGUUCAGCAGCUGCAGGAUCUUGUAAAGAGUCCAGACUACAAACUGAAAACUCUUGAUGUUGAUGUGGCAGAUGGAGCUUCGACAGAGCAAACUGGGAAGCAGUUAAGCGGCAUUGAGGGUGUCACUGAUCCAAGAUACAGAAUAAAAGAAGAGGAUGCAACCAGGACAAACAGAGAGGCUCCAUCAAGCUUCACACCAGAGGUGGAAACUCAGCAUCCGCAGGUUUCAUACAGGUUCCGGUGUCCUGGUCCAGGUGUGUUCCAGUGCACUUUGACUGACCUGGUGUUUGUUAUGACUCGGGAGGCUGACCUGCAGUAUGGGACCAUCCAAUGGGAUGAGCGCCUCCUUCAACCAGUGGGAAAGAUCCCUGCAGGGCCGCUGUACAACAUCACAUGUUCUAAUGGGGCAGUCUGUCAGAUCCACUUCCCACACUGUGAAAUACAAAGCGUGCUGUCCAUCGAUGGCCUGCUGUCUGUCGUUCACAUUUCCACUGAUGAUGGACUGAGCUUCUUGGAGCCGCUGGAGAUCACUGACACUCAUGUUAUUGUGGAGGUCUCCGAUCUUUCACUUUUUGGUCUGGUUUGGGACUUUAUGAAGAGGUUUAUUGAGAGAAAAGAUCCUGUGGCAAGCCAUGUCCUGUUGUUUCACUGUCCACCGAAGCCUACAGUACAGAACCAAAAGCUCUAUGUGUUCCUGCUGCCCAGGAACAUCUCAAAAGAUCAGGUUGAGACAGACUAUAAAGACUGUAAGUAUCUCCGGUGUACUUCCAAUUGCAAACUCAUCAAAGACCAGAGAUACACCCUUUCAUGCCCAGGAGCUCCACAAGGCUGUAAAAUCCUACCUGAGGGGGCGGCAGAGUUCGACUUAUACUUUGGAAAUCAAUACAACCCAACAUUUGAGAUCCGUGUUCCUACCAGCACAGAAAAAGUGCCAAUAAUAAUUAAAGAAGAAACAGAUGUGGAAGUCUGGAAGUAUGACGCUGAACUGGAAAAGGAUCCAAAUGAGGUUCCACCAAGUGUAAAAGUCCAGUCAGAGAGCUCCGGUCUAAAGGAAAACAUCCUGACAAUCCUGGAAGAGUUGAGGAAGGAAGAAUUUAAAAACUUUAAAUGGUAUCUGAUGCAACUGCCUAACAGGUGCCUCACAAAAGAGCAAGAAGAGACUGGUUCAAUGGAGGAUGUGGUGGAUCGCUUGGUGCAGCAUCAUGGCUCAGAAGAAGCUGUGCAAGUCAUGAAGACAACAUUACAGAAAAUGGGCAGGAAUGACCUUGUGAACAGUUUAUAAAAACUAAGAACUGGAAAAAGAGUU